CCCCGGGCUCGUUCCCCUCCGCGGCCGUGGUCUGCACCGCCGAGGUCCCUCCGGGCCGGACUUGGCCGCCGGCGUCGGGCGCGCGUGCCGCAGGAGAGCCCGCGGGGAGGAGGGCGAGCCUCGGAGAUGCCGCCCGGCAAGGUGCUGCAGCCGGUGCUGAAGAUGAAGGUGGACGAGCUGUUCCUGUGCUGGCUGAGCGAGUCCAGCACGCAGAGCAUGCUCCGGGGCUGCCUGCAGAGCAUCCAGACGCCCGCGGGCGCCGAGCGGGGCGCCGGGGACGCCGGCCAGCCCGGGCCCCCGUGGGCAGCCCCGGCCCCCGCGUCCGCCGCGCUGCCGCUGGGCGCCGCCUCGGGCCCCAGGGUCGCGCCGCACGCUCGCGGGGCCCGCAGGUCCGCUAGCCCGAGAGUGGUUCAGACGAAGAAGGAGCAGCCCCUGCCGCCGGCCACCAGCCACAGCAUCCCCGCCUUCUACUUCCCCAGAGGCCGUCCGCAGCAGACGGUGAACGUAGAUGCCGUCAUCACCGAGAUCGAGAGGACCUUCGCCCGCUUCCCGCACGAGAGAGCCACGAUGGAGGACAUGGGCAGAGUGGCCAAGGCCUGCGGCUGCCCACUGUACUGGAAGGGGCCGCUCUUCUGCGGGGCCGGGGGAGAGCGCACGGGCUCCAUCUCCGUCCACAAGUUCGUCGCCAUGUGGAGAAAGAUCCUCCAGAACUGUCACGACGACGCGGCCAAGUUCGUCCACCUGCUCAUGAACCCCGGCUGCAAUUACCUGGUGCAGGAGGACUUCAUCCCCUUCCUGCAGGACGUGGUGAACACGCACCCCGGGCUGGCCUUCCUGAAGGAGGCAUCGGAGUUCCACUCCCGCUACAUCACCACCGUCAUACAGAGGAUCUUCUACACGGUCAACAGGUCCUGGUCGGGGAGGAUCACCUGUGCAGAGCUACGGAGAAGCACAUUCCUGCAGAAUGUGGCGCUCCUGGAGGAGGAGGUGGACAUCAACCAGCUGACAGAGUACUUCUCCUACGAACACUUCUACGUGAUUUACUGCAAGUUCUGGGAGCUCGACACGGACCACGACCUCCUCAUCGACCCACAGGACCUGGCCCGGCACAACGACCACGCCAUAUCCACCAAGAUGAUUGAGAGGAUCUUCUCAGGAGCAGUGACGAGAGGCAGAAAGGUCCAGAAGGAGGGGAAAAUCAGCUACGCUGACUUUGUCUGGUUCUUGAUCUCGGAAGAAGACAAGAAAACGCCGACCAGCAUCGAGUACUGGUUCCGCUGCAUGGACCUCGAUGGUGACGGGGCGCUGUCCAUGUUCGAGCUGGAGUACUUCUAUGAGGAGCAGUGCCGCAGGCUGGACAGCAUGGCCAUCGAGGCCCUGCCCUUCGAGGACUGCCUCUGCCAGAUGCUGGACCUGGUGAAGCCCCAGAAUGAAGGGAAAAUCACACUCCACGAUCUCAAGAAGUGCAAACUCGCCAACGUCUUCUUCGACACGUUCUUCAACGUCGAGAAGUACCUCGACCACGAGCAGAGAGAGCAGGUCUCCCUGCUGCGGGAGAGCGAGAGCGAAGGCCCCGAGCUCUCCGACUGGGAGAAGUACGCUGCCGAGGAGUACGACAUCCUGGUGGCCGAGGAGGCUGCGGGGGAGCCGUGGGAGGACGGGUACGAGGCCGAGCUCAGCCCCGUGGACCAGAAGCUGUGCGCGCUGCGGUCUCCCCUGGCCCAGAGGCCCUUCUUCGAGGCGCCCUCCUCCCUGGGUGCUGUCGACCUCUACGAGUACGAGUGCGGGGACGACGAUCUGCAGCCCUCGUGACCCGUGCCCGCGAGGGACUGUCUGUGGCGGCCUGCUGGAUGCAGCGGCUUUUGUGUAAAAAACAACAAAACUGUGUUUGAUGGUUGAGCUGUCUUUUACAGAAAGUGAAGUGCGUUUGUAUGGAAUGAUACACUUUUAUUUAUUCAGCACAGAAGCUGGUCGGAGAUGGUCAUUGACGCGUGUGUGCCCACCCCUCCUGGAGGGGCCAACGCACAUCCAGGAACCCCUGGCCGGGCCUGGCGGGAAGACACGCGCACCCCGGGAGAAAUGCUCUAGGGCGUCCAGGAAAACCGGGACGGCCUCCCUCUAGCUUCAGGGUCCAGGCGUUUCAAGACUUACCCGGUCCUGGCCGGCAACCGGUUUCUGCUCCGAAGGGAUCUGCCUCAGUGUCGUGUGGCAGGCACUGACUUCUGGGCGUCGGAUGGCCGUGUGUUGUUGUUCUCAAGUAGUCGGAGCAUUCCAGGACCCCGGCGCUGCAGCAGCCCUGGAACCUUCUGGAACAAGUGUCCCCGGGCACAG